AUGGCACAGCCUCGCGACGUGCCCUUCCUCAUGCGGCUGCUCGUCGCAUGGGUCACGUUCUACUACACCAUCUUCAUGGACGCCGUCUCCAGAUCUGUCGGCGGCUUGCUGGAGGCGAACGUGUUCACCGAGGAAGUGUCAUCGGCUUCUAGCUCGCGUGGCUCCAACCUCACCGCCGAGCGGAAAAGGAGGUCAGGGCUUCGCCGGCGCAGGUACCAGCUGCUGCUAGAGGACCUGGAAGGCAUGGGGGAGGAAGAAUUCAGGGAUUUGUUUCGCAUCAACCACGCAAUUCUUGACUACAUUGUCAACGGGAUGGCGCACUACAUGCAGCCCUACAUGCGCUCCUCAUGCACUUCCCGACGGCCUUCAAGCAGCAGUGGGGUCCACUUCCCGAGCCGUGACGACCUCGAUGAGAUGGCGGAGGAGUUUCGCGCCAUCAAGGGAGUCCCUGCGGUGGUGGGGGCUAUAGACGGCACACACAUACCCAUGAAGGGGAUGGAGGGGCACAGGCAAGAGUACUACACGCGCAAGUCAUGCUACGCCGUGCAGCUGCAGAUCACAUGCGAUGCUCGCGGCAUCAUUUGGGACUACUUGUAG